GUGAAAUUGUCAGUCUAACUCAACAGAAACCCGCUAGAAGCAUGACAGUUUUCGAACAUCUACUCGGUGACGGCAAUCGGUGCGCAAUCUGUGCUUUUAUGGAAGCUGACUUAUCAGGACGCGGUGGAGAAAGGUUGACGGGUCCCUGCGAACAUUCACUAUCAACUCAUAUACCUACUGAUAUACACGUUCCGGCGUUAGACAACCAGAUAGGAUCUGUCGAACUAUUUAGAAAGCGGGCACGGGAUAUAAAGCCAUCUGCCAAGAUGUCUAUCAAGGAAGCAGUAGCUGGAAGUGGCAUGCAAAAUCCUAGUCACACUGUUGCAUAUGAAAAUACGCUCUUAUGUCAUCAAAGUAGUGUGGAUGACUAUAGACAUAGGAUACUACGUCGAUCUCACACCGGUUCAGAUGACAAAGAAAGAAAGUCAGCGCAAAUAAGUAUCAGAAGUCUAGCGGUCAAAAGUAAAAAAUCUGCCGCCUGGAGAUGCAGUUUAGGGCAGACGCUGAUUCUUGGUGACAGUGGCCUUGAUUUGUUGGGGGGGGGGGAUGGUAAAUCAAGUCAAGUGAUAAGCAAGCCAUCGCGGCAUCCA